GACAGCAAGUGAGGGUAGAAGGCAACUCAGCGUAGAAGGGAGAGUCAAGGUUGUCUCCAGUUGCUUGGGAGAGCGCGGAGGAAGAGUCAGAUGCUGGUGGCAAGGUUAACGUUAGGAGUGUGGUUCGAGUUGUCCUGUUAAAAGUCACCCACUAUAAGUUUGCAGCCAUGUCACAGGAGGAUGCCCCAGGUGUGCUGCAGCCCGGCCAGGUGAUCAGGCCCGUGAUGGACGAGGAAAACGCAAAGACCUUGGCCCGCAAGCUCUUCGGCCUCACCGUCACCUCCAUCAAGGAACUCAACAGCUACGACGACAAGAAUUUCCAUCUACAGGUGGAGUCAGAAAGCAGCAACCCUCACAUCCCAGAGGGGCACCCAGACGGCUACGUCUUGAAGGUGACCAAUUCCUUGGACUCCAAAAAUGCCGGGGUGAUGGCUGCGCAGAACGAGAUAAUGCUCUUCCUCCUCGCCAGAGGCAUCAAGGUGCCCAAACCAGAGAAAAAUGUGACCGGCUCUCAUUUCAUUUUAUCAGAAAUCACUGGUGACAAAGCAGGCGAGGAGGGGGAGAACCUCGUGAGGCUGCUGACCUUCCUUCCCGGCAAGAUCCUCUCCCAGGUGCCUUACACCGCCCAGCUCUUCUUCGAGUUGGGAGCCCUCGUGGCGAGGGUGGACAACGAGCUCAGGGACUUCCACAACGAGGCCGUGAAGCAGCGCCGCUUAAUCUGGUGCCUCGAGAGCGCUCCCGAGUUGUCCAAAUUCCUGUUCGCCGUGAAGGACGAGGGGAGGAGGCGGCUGGUGGAGGAGGUGCUGGAGGCGUGGCAGACGACGGUUGUGCCACUCCUGCCCACCCUGGAGAGAGGCUUUAUUCACGGAGACUGUAGUGACUACAACAUCAUUGUCAGUGACAAUGAUGAAGAUCCUUCCGCCUACCACAUUAGCCUCAUAGACUUUGGCGACAUCCAACAUUCAUGUUACGUCUUUGAACUGGCCAUCAUCAUCAUGUACCUAAUGCUGGAGGUCAGGGUAAUGCCCCCAGAUGAGGCUGCAGGACAUGCACUCGCUGGCUACCUCACACAAAGGGCUGUCACAGAGGAUGAAUGGAGCAUCUUAAAGGAGUGCAUUGCUGUUCGCUUUGCCCAGAGCCUUGUGAUGGGCGCCUACAGCUACAUGCAGGACCCAGGUAAUGAGUACCUGCAGAUAACAGCAGUGCGAGGCUGGGAAGUGCUGGGCUCUUUGUGGCAGACACCCAAGGACCAACUCCUUGCCCAGUGGAAGAGCACUCUAAAGAGUUACCAAUAGAAGGAUACUUGUCAGCUAACUUCAGUCCAGGUUUCCACUCGGUGUUUGUCCUGGAGUGGCGCAGUGUAUCAAAAGGGAGCCUCAAAAACAUUAGUCUACUUUUCAUCGUACAUAAUAACGGGGAAGGCAAAUGCAGCAGUUGUGUUACCCAGGGUGCGCCGAGCGGAUUGUUUUCACUACACAGAGGCAGGGGAGGUAAGACGGGCAGUGGUGGACGGUGGUAAGGGGAAGCCCUGACCCAGGAGUUAGCCGUUCUAGCUUUGGAGGGUCUCGCCUCAGGCCAAGAGACAGAAAGAAGACGACAGGUCCUGGGCACGGACGCCUUCCCCUUAGGGUGGCUGCUGGGAAGGGAGAGGACUCAGAGGAGCCGGUUUUCACCCUGCGGCGAAUGGGGAAAGGAGCCGUAAGGCCUAACAGACCUCUCAAUGUAGUAAGUUUACAUAAGAUUGCAUUGUAAAUGAUCUGGUAGGAUAAGGUGUCACAUUUGUUAUACUCGACUUGACUGUAAUCAAUUAUCUUGAGCUGUAUUGUUUAAUACGUGAUACAUUCAGAUGUAUUGCUUAUCUCUCGCAGGUUAACCGCAUUAAAGCGCGUGAACGACAA